CCACACCGCAGGCUCUGCAUAGCUCUCUUACCGGUGAAAGAUUGGUCGGACAGCGCGGGUGCCAUUUGGCGCAGAUUUGAGCUACAACCGUUAACAAAGGGCGUCCAGUUAUAUAUUUAUCGUCGUAUCUGUGCUUUUUAUUUAAUACAUCUCACCGUCAAACAUUCACAAUGAGCUCAAUUAACGUUAAAAAGCUGAAAGUGAACGAGCUGAAGGACGAGCUUAAAAAGCGUAAUCUUUCGGACAAGGGGCUGAAGGCCGAGCUGAUGGACCGCCUGCAGGCCGCGCUGGACGAGGAGGCCCUCGCCUCCCCGCUGGACCAAGAGGCUGCGGCGGACGAGGGCUUCGGCCAGGCCGCCGAUCAAGAAGGUAUGGGAGAGGAAGAAGAGGGCGAUGGCCCGAUAGAAGAAAGCAUGGAGGCCAACGAGGAGGAGGAGGAAGAAGAAGAAGAAGAGCCGGAAAAUGGGGGCGACGGUGAUGCCGUUGCCGAGGACGAAGAGAUGGGUGAGGGGGAAGAGGACGGGGACGGGGAAGGGGAAGAGGACGACGAAAUGGAUCCCAUGCUCAAGGGAGAUGUGGACGACAUGGAGAAAAUCGACGCAGAGGACGGUGAGCCCGGGGACCAGGCUACUGAGGGGGAUGCGGACAAAGACACGAAUGCUGAUCAGAAGAAUAAGAAGGGUGUUAAGAGACGCCGGGAGGAACAUGGAAGGGGCUACUUUGAAUUUAUUGAAGAGAACAAAUACAGCUGGGCCUCAUUUAAGUCUCCUGUGCCCCCUCUGGAGGAAGAAGAUGAGGAGUUUGAUGACACAAAAGUCUGCCUGGAUGCCUACAACUGCGACCUGCACUUUAAGGUGUCACGGGACCGUUACAGUGCCUCAUCUCUCACAAUGGAGAGUUUUGCUUACCUGUGGUCCGGCGGCAAGGCCACCUACGGCGUGAACAAAGGCAAAGCCUGCUUUGAGAUGAAGAUUACAGAGAAAAUUCCUGUGAAGCACAUUUCCAGCAAGAACAUGGAGAUUCAUGACGUGCAGGUCGGCUGGUCCCUGUCUACUGGCACCCUGCUCCUUGGUGAGGAGGAACAUUCUUAUGCAUACUCUGGAAAAGGCAAGAAGACCACCAACUGCGUGACUGAGGACUUUGGAGAAACCUAUGAGGAGAAUGAUGUCAUCUGCUGCCUUAUUGACUUUGAGGGCGAGGAGGUGGUGUUGUCCUUCUCCAAGAAUGGCGGGGAGCCGGCCAUCGCUUUCCAGGUCAGCAAGGACUCUCUGAACAGCCAGGCCCUCUUCCCUCACAUCAUCUGCCACAAUUGUGCUGUAGAGUUCAACUUCGGCCAGAUGGAGACUCCAUACUUCCCUCAGCCCCAGGGCUACACUUUCCUGCAGCAGAUCCCCGUGAGUGACAGAGUCCGGGGGCUCAAGGGGCCACAGACCAAGGCUGACUGCGAGAUCAUAGUGAUGGUUGGCCUGCCUGGCUCAGGGAAGACUACAUGGGUGAAGAACCAUGUCCAGGAGAACCCUGGGAAAUACUACAUCCUAGGCAGUGACACCAUUGUGGACAAGAUGAUGAUCAACAGCCUGAAACGCCAGUCAAAGGAUAUCACAAAGCUAACUGCCAUUUCCCAGCGAGCACCACUUUUCUUGGGAAAGUUUAUUGAGAUUGCUGCCCGCAAGAAGAGGAACUACAUCCUGGAUCAUACUAACCUGUCUGCCCCAGGCCAGAAGAGGAAGAUGUGCUUGUUUGCAGGUUUCCAGCGCAAGGCAGUGGUAGUCUGCCCCUCUGACGACGACUACAAGCAGAGAGUCCAGCAGAAGGUUGAGAGUGAUGGCAAAGAAGUGCCUGAGCACGCUGUCCUCAAAAUGAAAGGUUUCUACUCUCUGCCGGAAGAGGGGGAGAGCUUUAAUGAGGUCAUCUAUGGUGAGCUGCAGAAAGAGGAAGCUGCCAAGCUGCUGGAACAGUACAAAGAGGAAAGCAAGACCGCUCUGCCAGCUGAGAAGAAACCCAACCAGGGAAGCACAACGCCAAAGAGAGGCGGUGGCCUACGUGGUGGUGGCCGGGGUGGCAAGAACCAGUUUGGCCGCGGCGGCGGACCUGGACAGAGAGGAGGCGGCCGUGGCGGCUUCCAGAACAGAGGCAACUUCAGAGGAGCUCCUGGUCCUCGCGGUGGCUACAACCGUCCACCUCGCGGCUUCCUGCCUCCCCCAGCGUUCAGAGGAGGAUUCCAUAACCGUGGAAACUUCAACCGGGGUGGCGGCCCCAUUCCCAGCCUGGGUGGAUCACCCAGGGGUGGCCCAAUGAGGGGUAACAUGGGACCGAGAGGGGGACCCAUGAACAGAGGCGGCCCAAUGCACAGAGGAAACAUGAACAGAGGAGGCGGAGGCAACAUGAGUCGUGGUGGUAACAGGGGACAUCCUGGCCAGUUUCAUCAAAGAGGUGGUAACCGUGGCAACUUUGGCAACAAGAAUGGCAACUUCGGUAACAACAGGAACAGCGGCAACUUUGGUGGCAACAGGAACGGCAUGGACAAGGCCCAAGCCUUCAACCAGAGCUGGCAGCAAGGGUUCUGGAACCAGAAGCCGUGGAGCCAGCAGUAUCAGCCUGGAUAUUACUAAAACACUUGUUCUAACGGACUGGUGGCCGACACUGAGACCCACCGCUAGCCACGGAACAUCCCUCCACCCCGCUUUUUGAUUUCUUUUCCUAGAACCCACUUUUUAAUCUAAACCCCACCAACUGAAGACUAAAGUGAUAAUGGAGCAACAACAUUCCACACCAGAGAGGAGACCAGACAACCUGAGUGUAAUUGAAGCUUUAUAUACACACAUGUACAACGUGGGUUCAGUCUCAUCCAAUCAUCUGCUUAUUUCUUUUGUUGUAUAUUUCAUUGUUUGUUUUUUUUUUCACCAAUUUUAAAUGACGUGCUUUUAAAAAAGUCUCAUGUUUGUAAUAUCAGGAACUAGAAACAUUUUGCCAGCCUGGCAGAUGUUAAGAAAGUUUUUUUUUUUUUUUUUUUCAGGGUUGUGCAUUUUAUCUGUGCUGUGAUUUUUUGUUUUGCUUUUUUUAUUACAAAUUGUAAAUAUCUUUUCUCUUUUUUUGGUGUAGUUUGUAUGCGAAGUUUAAGAAAGUAAUGAUGGAAAGGAACCUUGGCUUAUUAGCAAAAAGCAUGGUAGGCGAUUAUAUUGUUAGACUGUACAUGUCAAUAUAGUCCACUGUCAAACCGUUAAACUGAAGCAACAAAUGAAUUAUAGCAAGUUUUUGUCUUUUGUUCCCAGUAUCAAACCUGUAACCCAAACUCCAUAGACCUACAAUAAACAACUCGUUUGCUUUUUUACAUUC